UCGAAUUGCGAUCGGAUUCCAGAUGUUCACUGCUUCUCUAUAUACACGCACGCACGGUAUGCUGGUAGGGGUUUCCGGUUUCCUAUUCUUUAUUGGAGAUCUGACCCAGACUUGCGCCCUGCCCUAGCUCCCCUUGCGCCAACGAUAGGAUCGCGGCAGUCGAUGGAGCGGGUGAUUCCAGAGCAGGAUGAACCCCUUCCCCCUGACGCGUGCAACAUGACCCGCGAGGCUCAAAUUCUCCAGGCACGCUCGAUGUGCGGGCGCGGGACGCAAUCGCCUCACGGCGGGGACAACUGGAGACGGCGCACAGAAGAGGAGCGCGACGCCUCAAUCAUUUGCCACGUCCACCACGCUCUCCGCCGUUACAACGCCAACAAUCCAGGUUCAGAGUUUGAUCCUGUCAAGCCACUGAUGGCUGCGUACGUAGGUUUUAGGAGUAACAUUUGGGUCCAUGUCAGCUUCUUGGCUCGCAAGAGGAACGCCAGUAGUAGCAAACGGAGGCGCAGCAAGGCUGACGACCCCGUGAAGCACUUCUUUGCUGAGCUACGCUACGACCACCAUCUUUGCAAACCAACUGUCGAAACAUGCACCAUCAUCGAUAAGUCAUCGCGUCACUUGAAGACUACCUGUGCAUUUUGCCCCGAAAACUUUGAGAUUUUGCACCCACUCGACGGAAAUUUCGUAUGCGGGAAGAAAAGUCAGGCAAAAGAAGGUCAAGGCUUCCUUCGUUUCUUGAAUAUAUUAGAGAAACCAUUCACAUGCCCUACGACCAAUGCUGAAGCCAAAGACGACGAAGCAGCUCAAGAGAAGGGAAGUAGCAUGCUGGCUUGGACCCUCCUUCCUUUUGUCUUUAUCCGUGAUUUCAUCACAGGGUUUUUGUGGGCCUUUGAUGAUACGCUUAAGGCUUGGAUCAAUGGCAAAGCUAGACGAAAAGUCCGUUAUGAACGAAGAAUGGUAUACACAAAUUAAGUGAAGAUUUGUUGAUGUGUUUGCGCAAAAGAUUUGUUGAUAUUUUGACGGGCCAAUUCACAACGAGGUUUCUUUUUAGAAAAAUAUUCACAACGAGGUUUCUGUGAGCCUUUGAUGAUAAGCUUAACGCUUGGAUCAGCGGUGAGGCUAGGCGAAAAGUUCCUUGUGAUAUGGGUUAUAAAAUACCCCCACCUAAAUGAUGGAUCUACUGCUCCAGUGAUGGAAGACCAAGACUGCCGCACCAUGCACCAAGUGUUAAUUUGUCACAUUGCUGUUGUUGGUAGCCUUGCUGUAAUAUGAGAUCGAUGUUUCCUUCUCAAAGUAGAUUAGUUCGGAAUUCUUUUAUGUGAUGUUGGUAACAAUUUGCA